CCUCCUUGGCUUCUUCUCAUAGUGACACGACACGCCUUAGAUAUCUCCAAACGUCAUCACUCUGGUAAUCUGUCACCUCCAUUUUUUUCUCAGGAGAUUGAAUGACUGCAGAAUCUUGUACUGUUAUAUAUAUAGCCGUUUGAUUUGUACCCAUCGAACCCACUUUCUCUCUUGAUCUGGCUCCUAAGGCAGUUUGAAACAAAAUGGCACCUUGUCAAAUUUUGGUUCUUUUGUUAGCUGUGCUAGUGCUGGGAUUAAGCCUACCACGUUCAGAUGCUAUUCGGAUCAACAAGGUUAAGACCAGGACUAGCGUUUAUGUCUCCCCUGAGUUUGUGUUGGAACCAGGGUCAGUUGCUAACAAGUAUUUCUAUAACAUUCACUUCCCAAGAGGUCAUAUUGCCAUGAAGUAUUUCAAUGCUGAAGUGAUCGAUGAAGAAGGGAAUCCUAUUCCUCUUUAUGAUACUUAUCUGCAUCAUUGGGUUCUUGAAAGAUAUUACGCCCAGACAAGUUAUGUGGAGUCAAGUGGUUUCGAGGAUAAUAAAGAUCCGAAGUUUAAGAUUGUGAGAAAUAGUGGAUUGUGCCAGGAUAAUGUUCUUGGUCAGUACUAUGGACUCGGGUCAGAAACACGAAAGACAGAUACACAUGUACCGGAUCCUUUUGGAAUAGAGAUUGGCAACCCUGCAGAGAUUCCUGCUGGAUAUGAGGAGAGAUGGAUGCUCAAUGUUCAUGCUAUUGAUACUCGGGGUGCAGAGGAUAGGAUGGGAUGCACUGAAUGCAGGUGUGAUCUGUAUAAUGUAACAAAAGAUGGACAAGGCCAGCCGUUGAGCCCAGGGUACACAGGGGGUUUGCAGUGCUGUUAUGAUGGUACACAGUGCAGCGUAAAACAAGGCUAUAAUGGUGUCAAGAGAAGCCUCUACUUGAGAUACACUGUGAAGUGGGUUGAUUGGUCCGAUUCCAUUGUGCCUGUCAAGAUUUAUAUCUUUGAUGUCACUGAUAGAACAAAUCAUUCAUCAGGACCCUCUGUUAAACAUGAUUGCCGGAUCGAAUAUAAUGUUGAGCCUUGUAGUACUGUUGAUACGGUAAAUAAUCAGUGCUUUGACAAUCAACGGGCAAUGGUUACUAUGCCAACUGGUGGUUAUAUAGUCUAUGGUGUUGCCCAUCAGCACACUGGGGGACGUGGCUCAACUCUGUAUGGAGAGGACGGACGGGUUCUAUGUUCAUCAAUACCAAUAUAUGGGCAAAGCGAGGAAGUAGGAGACGAGGCUGGUUACAUUGUGGGAAUGUCAACUUGCUAUCCACAUCCUGGCUCUGUCAAAAUAAAGGAUGGGGAGACUCUGGUUCUGGCAUCUAAUUACAGCAGCUCGCAGCUGCACACAGGAGUCAUGGGCCUCUUCUACAUUUUGGUUGCAGAGUAUCAGAAAAAUUGAUACUAGAAAAUUAUAUACAUAUAUAGGUUCUUGUACAACAAAUAAAUCCCUACUAGUUAGGGAUACAAAGAAUAUUACAAAUAAUCUUCUAAAAAUACAAAUAAGGGUGCGGCUAUCGUACAAUACUAUAAUCAUACUAAGUUGUGGAAAGUACGAAUCUAAUUGUAUAAUCAACAUA